AUGUCGACAGCCAAGUCAUCAGUUGCAUCACGUUUCGUAUCCGCUUCUGAACUAGACUCCACUUCAAACACCUCGACUCCAGCAGCGGAGUACGAUCCACGUUCGCUGUACGAACGACUUCAAACCAACAAAGAAGCGAAAGAUGCCGUGCUGGACGAAAAGUACAAACUGUCGAAUCAGUUUCGCGGGAUAGACGAUGGAGAGGCGGAGUUCUUGCAAGGUGUGGAGAGGGAGAGGCGGAGGGAGGAGGAGGAGAGGAGGAAGGGUGAGAAAGGGGAACUGGAGCGGUUUAGGGUGGCAAAGGCUACGUCUGGACGGUUGAGUGAGGGCGGGAUGGGGGCGGGAAAGGAUAGGCUGCAGGAGAAAACACCGCUAGCGGGGGGAGAGGAAGCAGCGAAGACGAACAAGAAGAAACGCAAAGCAAAUUCAUCCGCCUUGCUGGGUGUGGUCAAGAAGAAACCCUCGAAACCACCUUCCGCCCCCACAGCUACGACAGCGUCCUCAGCGACAACGAACGCAUCAACCACCCAUUCUAGCAAACCUUCCUCAUGA